UCGUACAAAUAUGGCCGCGUCCAGUGAAGAGUUUGGUGCUGCCUGGAAAAUAAUUGAAACUUCAUUUUCUUCAUCCAAAAAACUUGAUCCAGCACCACCAGUGAUUUCACCACUAGGUCUUCAGUCUGCAGUUGAGCUUCUAAUCAACCAUGGUAUUGGACACAUAAUCGAGGAAUGGUUCCUAGAGGUGAUGAAUGCAGAUCUCCAACAAAGAAUUGCUCCUAACUUUCUGGCUUAUUUUUCUUCUUCUGUGCCAGAAGAUGAAAUUGGCAAUUUCAUGUCAAAGGUGAUAGCUGAGCUCUAUGAUAACCUGUCAGCCUACAUACCAAAGCUGGGCCAGCUUGAUGAGAUUAGCAUGUGUAUUUCUCUUCCAACACCAUCAUCAAUGGAUGGUCUCAAUACAGUUUUAUACAAUGAAAAGAAAUCCAGGCAGCCGGCAAUGGAGAGAGCGCAAAGCAUAUUUAAAGCCAUGUUACUACCACAAUAUCAGAUUCCAGAAAGCUUAUAUGCAAAUGUGCAGAAAUUCUACUCUCUGACUAUGCGAGUCCAUCACACCACCGAUGAAGCAGACAUUAAAGCGAAUAAUGAAGAUAGAGAUGACGAAUGUAUAAGGUGCACUGGUUGUUGCUGUGAUACUGAUAACUGCCAGUGUCAGACACUUCUACAUAUAUUUCACCAGGUCAAUCAACAGCUCUAUGAGCUGGGGUUGCUGGAAAGGUUUGCGGGGGAAGCUGUCACAAGUGUGAUUCACGAGAAGAUACAAGACUACGUCCAGCAUACCUGCAAGGGAAACUUUGAAUCAUCAUAUCUUAGCUGCUUAGAAACGUGGCUAGAGACAAAGGUCGUGGGCUGGCUGUCUGAGGUGUAUAGAGGGUCUGAAGGUUGUGAACGAUACAAUGACCCGAACACAGCAACAAGUGUCGAGGCCUACAAGUCGCGACUAUACUACUUGCUGUAUGAAACGUACACAGUCGUCAGGAUAGACCAGCUCUUUAACAUUAUUAUUGAAUACCCGGAGUCUGAGCCUGCUAUCGUUGAUCUUCGCUGUUGCCUAGAGAAGACAAACCUACGAUCUCAGCUUGUCACGUCACUGAAAACUGCACUGGAAACAAGACUAUUACAUCCUGGUGUGAACACUGCAGAUAUUCUGACAGCAUAUAUAUCUGGUAUUAGAGCUCUUAGAGUACUAGACCCUACUGGUGUCAUUCUGGAGCUGGUAUGUGAGCCUGUUAGAAAGUACUUAAGGACGCGAGAUGAUACGGUCAGGUGUAUAGUGUCAAGCCUCACUGAUGACUCAUCUAGUGACCUUGCAGAUGAGCUGGUGAGAGGAGAGCCACUUCUGCUUGAUGACAGUUGCCAAGGUGAGGAAGACAUGGCUAACUGGGAGACCUGGUACCCUGACCCUGUCGAUGCAGAUCCGACAAAGACAUCUAAGAGCAGACGAUCGUCUGACAUCAUCAGCAUGCUGGUUAACAUAUAUGGCAGCAAGGAGCUGUUUGUGAAUGAGUAUAGAACUCUCCUGGCUGACAGGAUACUGUCGCAGUUCAACUACGACACAGAGAAGGAGAUUCGCUACCUCGAGCUGCUGAAGCUGCGAUUCGGUGAAGCUCAGCUGCAUUACUGUGAGGUGAUGCUGAAGGAUGUGGCUGACUCCAAACGCAUCAACUCCCUCAUUCAUAACGGAGAGCUGCAGGGUCACCAGAGCAUGGAUAUACCGGUGAAUGCGAUGAUCUUGUCAGCACAGUUUUGGCCAACGUUUCGUGAGGACAAAUUGGAACUUCCAGCAGGCAUUAAAAGCUCACUAGAUGCUUACACUAAGAACUUUGAAACUCUGAAGGGCAACAGAACUCUAUGUUGGAAGCCUCAUCUCGGUCUAGUAAGUUUGGAGAUAGAGCUCAAGGAUAGGAAGGUUCAUAUUAGCUGCAGUCCAGUCCAUGCUACCAUCAUCAUGCACUUCCAGGAGAAAUCAAAAUGGACUGUGGAUGAGCUCAGUGUAAUUAUGCACGUGCCGGUGUCUGUGCUUAGACACAAGAUGGCUUUCUGGCAGAGUCAAGGUCUGCUGAAGGAGGAGUCGGCGGACACAUUUAUACUCAUAGAGGAAGGCAAAGGUGGUCGCCAUGACAUCCACAUGAUUGACAUUGAGGAGGAGACGGAGUCGGCCAUGGCUUCAUCACAUGACCAGCGAGAAGAAGAGCUUCAGGUGUUCUGGUCGUAUAUCGUUGGCAUGCUGACGAACCUCGAGACGCUGCCGCUAGAGAAGAUUCACACGAUGCUGAAGGUGUUUGCGAUGCAGGGCCCGUCGACGGGCGAGUGCAGCAUCCAGGAGCUGAAGCACUUUCUCGAUCGCAAGGUGAAGGAGCAGCACCUGAUUUAUGCUGGCGGAGUUUAUCGUUUACCGAAGCCUGGUAGCUAGCAUUGCCAACCGAGCCAGCUGCGUGCGCCCCUGAUGAAUUGUAGGAUAUCUACCAGCUGUCUUUACUUCAGGCUGAUAAUGAUAACUGUACUGUGAAUAUUUGUAUAUAUUUUGAGCAUUGAUCACAAACACAAAGAUGAUGAUUUAUGCUAUUCGCGCUGCUGCUGUUAUGAUACGUUAUGCUGAUAGAUGUCAUGUUGUUCUCAAUAAUAUGCGAGCUUGUAAAUUUUUAUCGGUAGGGGAGUUGUGUGAUAUUUUGUUUCACAUUAAUUAUUUCCCUGCCAUUAGUGAAUGUGUUCAUCAAUCAAGUCAAUCUGAAUGAGCAUGUGUAAUGUGUAACACAUAUAAUAAACAUUCCACCUAAUAGUCUUCAUU